AUGCGUGACGAAAUUCGAUCAUGCUGUUUACGAAUUAUCAAAUUCCUACGAAAGUUUAUUGGAUUUACCAUUUCGCAUAUUGGAUUGUGCGCAUUAGUCGCUGCAUACGCUGUUCUCGGAGCAUUUAUGUUUCGUGAAAUUGAAUAUCCGGAAGAAUUGAAAUUUCAGGGACAUAUAGAAAAUGAUACAUGGACGGCAAUAAACGAACUGUACAGGUUUAUCGAUUCAAGUGAUGUGAUCGAAGAAGCGGAAGUGAAAAACAAAGCACAUCAGUUGCUCAAAGUUUUUGAAUUACAACUUGUUAAUGCUAUCAAUUUUGAAGGUUAUGAUGAUAAAGAUGUGAUAACACCAAAUUAUCAAUGGACAUUUUCUGGUGCUUUAUUAUUUUCAAUAACUGUUUUCACAACUAUCGGGUAUGGGCAUAUCUGCCCAAAAACGCCUUUGGGACGUGGUAUGACAAUGUUAUAUGCAAUGAUUGGUAUACCUCUCAUGUUGCUCUGUUUGGCAAAUAUUGCCGAAAGCCUUGCUCAGGUGUUUACAUUUGUAUAUUUCAAAGUGUGCUGCGCAUAUUGUCGCUGGCAACAAAAUCGCCGUCGCAUUUGUCGCUCAGCGAUCAGUUUUCGCUAUCAUCCUAAUGCGCCAAUAAAUGCUAGAAGAGUUCCACCAAAUCGCUACAAUCAACGUUAUCCUGGAAUUCGUCGACACGGAAGUUUGACACGAAUACACGGAACACGUAUGAAGAGUACUUUUAGUGAUUCGAAAAGUAUUCGUAGCUCACGAAGCUUUAACAACAAAUUUGAUACAGUUUCAUUACCAGGACGUCGAAAUUUCGCUGCUCAUAACGUUCGAACAACUUAUGAUAUCAAUCAUAAACUGUCACUAAGGAAGUGCACGGGAAUAGCAGCAGCAAGUCGUAUCCGUUCAAAUGAAAUUUCAUUACGUGACUCAUCACUUCAUAGUAUCGGUGAAUCAAAGCAAAAACAUGGCUUUUGUAGCUUAUCACCGAGAUCUGCCACUGAACGUCCAUACGUUUAUUCCAAAGGUGGUAUACCAGUACGUUAUCAAAAUGACGGCAAAUCACGUGGUACCUUCGUUGAAAUUAAAAAUUACGUCCGUGGUACCACGGCUGGAACAUCAAAUAAUUUACAUUCCAAUGUCACCGGUCACAUUUCUGUGCCACAACUUAGAGCUAAAGCUCGAUUAAAAGAAGAAAAGGAAAAGGAUACGUCAACAGUUACGCAAUCACGGAUUAUCUCUAAUCAACGUUCAAGUAAUUCAAAUAGUAAAGAAAGUGAUUCUAUAAUUCUACCACAGAUUACACUCAAUGAUAAUGAAACUAAUCAUCAGAGACGAAGUUCAAAUAGUACUGAACAAACAAGUGCUACAGCAACAAUUAAGGAACAAGAACAAGCAGAAGCGGCUGAGAAAUUAAAUUCAGUAGCGUCAUCUUCACAAGAAUUAACCCAACAACGAUCAUCAACAGGUGUUAUUAUUGAACGUUUAGUAAGGAGAAAUAAGACUUCAUCAGUGGACAGUUCUCUUUUAAAAAGUGCGGGAAGUGAACGAUCCGAUGAAAUGUCACUACGAUCAAUUAGACGUGCAGGUAUGCCGUACAGACGUGAAAAAAUGCCCGUUUCGGUUGGAAUAAUCACGGUGAUUUUAUUUAUUGCUGGUGGCGCUAUUUUAUUUGCUAUUUGGGAAGAUUGGAAUCUUUUUGAUGGCGCAUACUACUCAUUUAUUACUUUAAGUACAAUUGGUUUUGGUGAUAUAGUACCUGGACAAAGUCUCGGUGAAGGAUCACAAGAAAAGCUAAUUGUUUGCGCAUUAUAUUUGUUAUUUGGUAUGGCGCUAAUUGCAAUGUGUUUCAAAUUGAUGCAAGAUGAUGUCGUUCAGAAAGCACGUUGGUUGGGACAUAAAAUUGGAAUUCUUGGAAAACAAAAUGAAACGUCGCGGUUGGGUGACAUCUUAACAUCACCUAUACUGCGCAUUCUCGAAUUGCAAUCCAAUAUUGCACAGCCACGAGUUCAAGCAAUGAGAGAAAAUAUGUCAGAAUCAGAAUCUGAAAUGGAUGAUGACAAUUUGGUAGAAGAAGAUGAUGAAGAUGAUGAUAUGAUAUCUGAAGAGAAAAUGGAUCAAGAUAAGCCUACUUUGUCGAGCAGUUCGUCAAAACGUGAUGACGAUGAGUCACACUACUUGACUAUACGUGAUGAGAAGAAAUAUCAAAGUUGUCAGAAAAGUUCACAAAUCGAUCGUAUAAGUUAG